AUGAGUUCCUCACAAAAGACGUGGUUCCUUGGCCUAUUUUGUUUAUUUCUGCUCUGCAGUGGUGACUCGGCCAAAAUCAAACUCCCAGAUGAAACCAAUGUUGUAGUGCAGACAAAGGAUCAUCAAAAUCCUGUGAAUUACAUUUCAACACAACCUCUCAGCGUCUCCACAUACCCUGAGCAAUACCGAGUUAGUAUGUCGUCAGCCGAAUCAAACUAUACGGGAAUUCGCAGUGUCUUUCAAUGGACAAUCGGCGAUAUCUCAAGCAUUGAAGGCAUUCACAAUGCGCUGGAUUUUACUGUCAGUGAUACGGACACAUUGCAAACUCUAAAUGGUCACAUUGGUAUUUAUAGCAUCGAUUCACAAACUGGAAUCCAUUUGUCAUUCGAUGCAGUUGACAGUUCUAGUCCUGGACCCAACUUUAUUUGCUCAGACACGUUUACAUUAAUCAACGGAAAGCAAACGUGUUACAAUUUGAACUACAUUUUGACAUCGAAUGCGAUUUACUAUCUCGAUGUGGAAAUUAAUAAUAAGACUCUACGUGGAUAUAUCUCAGAGCCCCAAAGGAAUCGCACAACUAUCGAUGACACAACGGUGGAACGUUCAUUGAUUGGCGAAAUGAAUUGGAGAAACGAACUAAAGGAUUUGCGUCCUCUUAGCUAUUGGUGUGCACUUUCUUAUGGCUAUUCGUGCAAGAAUUUGAGUGACAUCAGUACUUUUAACUAUGCUCCAGUAUCGUACACAAAUUCGAGCAGAACUCUGACAUCUUUCGCUAGUAGCACUAUUACAACCACGACUACAUGCGGACCACAGAAUGUUAUAGCAUUGACAUCUUGGUCAAAAGAUGCUGCUAUCUAUAUCUCAAGACCUCCAGCACAAAUCGAUGAAAGCUGA